AUGGCGUCCGUCUCAGGCUGUGGAGAUGAAGCGCAGCGCUUCUGUCUGUAACAGCUGGCUGUCCCGUAUUUUAUUCCCAGACUUCAGUAACGUGGUGGACGCGACGCACGAGGACAUGAAGCGGAGGAGGACUGAAGCUUUGUCCCGGAGCUGCUUCGCAUUGUGAGAAUGUCUCUGCUCAGCAUGGAUGGUCUGCUGCUGUGAUUGGCGCGAGAUAAUUGCUUUUGUUAACACUGAUUUGGAUUUCUCUGGAGCAAGUCUGCUUCUGCUGGACGCACAUCAGUGAUUGUUUUUUAUUGAACCGGUCGUUACAGGGGCGCAGCUAAAUCUGGGAGCAGCUCUUGUGUACCCCCCCCCCCCCCCUUUUUUUUUAAAUGAUCUAAAUAAUGAAUUUUUUUUUAGUUGCUUGAUCAACAGCUCCAACACUUCUACUAGUGCCAUCUGGACUGUGUGAGAGGAACAUGGCUGGUCUGUUUGCACUGUGUGUGGCUGCUUCCUGCCGCUGUGCCCUGAAAGCAUUUUUAUGAUUGUUAGUGGUGCUACGCCGAGUGUUGUGUCUCUAAUGCCUUGAUCGCCGGCACCACUAUGAUAGGCUCCCCGGACGUGGUUGCUUUCACUAAAGAGGACGAGUAUGGGCAGGCUAACCUGGACCCCUGGGCUCUCCCGGAGGAGUUUUCUGUCCCUCUCCAUCCACUGGCUGACUCCAACCCUUGGGCCAAAACCUCCUAUGCCAAGUUCACCAAAGACUUCAUCCUCAUCUCUGAGUUCUCGGAGCAGGUGGGCCCUCAGCCUCUCCUCACCAUUCCGGAAGAUCCCAAAGUCUGUGGCACCUUCGAUCUCAACUACUUCUCCCUGCGCAUCAUGUCGGUGGACUACCAGGCCUCUUUCGUCGGACACCCGCCGGGCAGCGGGUACCCCAGGCUCAGCUUUGUGGAGGACUCCAGAGUGGUGCUGGGCGACUCAAAGGAAGGGGCGUUCGCCUAUGUUCAUCACCUCACCCUUUACGACCUGGAGGCCCGGGGCUUCGUGCGGCCGUUCUGCAUGGCGUACGUGGCGGCUGACGAGAAGAAGAUCAUGCUGCAGUUUCAGGAGCUGUCUUUCCGCUUCUCGCAGGCCUCUGAGUGUCUGAAGGCUGGGAACAGGAGGGCAUUCGCCAAGGAGCUCCAGAGGAAGCUCCGGGAUCUUGAGUACACUCACUCAGUGCUGCAGCGGGAGGAGGGUCUCCAGAGAGAGGCGGGGCCUCAGUGCAUGUACUCUGCUCAUGCUGUGGAGAAGGCCAACGAGCUCGCCAACGUAGAAAAGAGCAUUUACGAACACAGAGACCUGCUGAGGCAGAUCAGCUCCUACCACCGCCGGCCUCGCCGGGACCCUCAAGCCGUCGCCUGCCAGAAGUGCAUGAGCGAGUGCUUGAACGAGUGCGAGGAACUGCUGGAGAAGUACGCCAAGUUAGCCAAACCUUUCAGUUACACUGAGAAAGGGGAGGAACGGCAGGGCCAGUUUGAACGUGAAGGAGGUGAAGAGGAGGCUGAUGAGGAGGACGAGGAGGGCGUUAAACGCCGGCCGUCUUACACGCCACAGCUGAUCAAAGGCAAGUCUGCCAAGUGUUUCGAUAAGCGCCUGAAGACACUGCAGGAGCUGUGCGACGAGACCUUCUAUGAGGCCACCGUGGAGCUCUUGAAGGAGACGGAGAGAAGUUUCCGGGGGGAUUUGUGCUACCUGCACACCCGGCGUCUGGAAAAGGCCCUCCGCAGGAAGCAGAGAGUCACCAACUUCCUGUUCGAGGGGGAACUCGGUGACGACGACGAGGACGACGUAGGAACACUAAGACCAUUCUGUGCUGUGAACCAUACCGUAAACAACUAUAUACACUUAAAUCCUCCUCCGAUUGUUCUCGGACCAGAACCUUUCGAGCUGGACGCACUUGAACCCCAGGAUCCUCUUGACCCGGCCUCAGAGGCCAGUCACACUCAGGACAGUGAGCUCGGACUUGGGGAGAGCCAUCUGGAGUCCUCCCCUUCAGACCAGACUCUAGAGACACAGGAGAGCUCGGAGGAGACCAAAGGAAGCUUCAGCAGUGAUAAGAGCGGAACAGGUCCGGCAGAGAAACGGCACAGCCUGGCCAGCGCUAAAUCCGAAGCGCCUGAUCCUGAUUCUGACUUGACACCUGAUCCCGACCAUAACACUGACCUGGAGAGGGAGAGUAGCAGCGAAGACAUGGAGACCACCGCAGGGGAGGAUGACGGGGAGGAUGGAGGAGGCCAGACACCCGUGUCUUUGCUGGAGGUACCGUCAGACCUGGAGGCCAGUAAAGACGAUGCGUGUGAGGGAUCUAAUGAGUCUGAUCUGCUGGUUCCACUGGACACGGCGUGCUGCAUUGCCCAAGAUGGUUUUCUUUAUGAGGCUUCUGCCCCCGAGGCUGUGCCUGGUCUGCAUCAAAGCCCCCACCUUUCUCAAACCCUGGUGGUCAACCAGGAGCCCCAGGCUCUACUACCUCUCCAGGACGACUACACUGUGGGCUCCCCGUGUGCCGAAAGCCCCGCCGCCGGGCUGGAGCUGCCUGGGAACCUCCUCGGAGAUGCAGUUUCACGUAUAUCUGACGGGUCGGACUGCACCAUGAGCGCUUCCACGGGAUCCGAUCGGGCCGCUUCGCCUCUCGGAUACGGGGGCGUCGUGACCCUGCGCCAGAGGAAGAAGGCCGGGCAAGGUGCCUUGAGGUUUGUCCGCCAGUACCCGUUUGCCAUGCAGGCCCUGUGGUGUCUGCUCAGCGGCCGGACCCUGGUGGUACUCGGGGCGGACGAAGGGCGAGUCAGGCGGCUGGUGUCCUCUCUGGCUCUCUUUGUGCCCGGUCCUGGGAAGUGUGCAGAGAGGGUUCAGGCGUGGCUGUCCUGUCCCUUCACCCUGACUGAUCUACACAGAUGGAAGCUCAUUGGACUACAAAGAGUGGCCUCUCCCGUUGGCUCCAGCAUGCUUCACUCGCUGUCCCGCUACAGCCGCUACAUUUCCAUCCUGGACGCCGACCUGAAGACCCUGCGCUGCCCGCCGUAUCAGGGCCAGCUCCUCGCCAACAUAGCCGACCACCGCACCUACGUCCGCCGCGGCUCCACCUACUUCCUCCACGCGCAGAGCACGCUCUGCCACCUGGCAGCCAAGGCUUUCCUGCUCACCUUCACACACCACCUCCACAUGCCGGUCAGCUCCACGGAGGGCCCCGAGGUCGUGGAGGGCCGGCGCCGCUGCUUCCUGCAGGAGCAGCUGGGGCUGGGCGAGGAGGACAGCCAGAUACUGCUCUACCUCAGCCGGCUCAUCACGCAGCAGUACCUGCAGCCCGCCACCGGCGGCGCCGCGGCCCCGCCAUCUUUUAGUUUUAACUACACCACCAGCGUUUUAUACAGAAUCUAACCGCAUACCUGGACCGGGGUUUUUUAAAACGCCUUUUAGCAGAAAUCAUCGUAAACAUUUCAUUUUUAAAGAGGAGCAAACGAGAUCUCAACAAGGUCUAAGGUCAGUUUAGUUUGAGGACAGACUCACUUGCACUAGUUCUCAUUUUGUGUCGUGUUCAGUUGCUCGCUGCCUUGCUGUCUGUUCCUCUCUGAGCGAGCUCUUUCCUCUGGCUGCGGGGGUGAGCUGCGAAUGCGCGCGAGUGUUUUGAAGUUUUUGAACAUCUAACAGAGCAGACGAAGGUUGGCCCUUCUUAGUGUCCUUUGAGUCACUUACGAAGGAAGUGAAAAUGUCAGAUCCACUGAUAUCUUUUAGGUCAGUGCUUCCCUUCAGCAGAGUCACACAAACGCACAACACGUCAGUCACAGGGCUCACGCCGUCAUGGCAGUCUGUGUGUUCUGGUUAUUAACAGGUUCAGUCCCAUCUUCAUUAGGUAGGCCGUUUGUCUGCUCCAGUACAAUUCAAGCUAUACGAAAACUUGUUUCUGGAUUGAUGUUACAGAUUCUUACGUGCUGCUGCUUCCAGCAGUGAAAUCUGAAUUCAUCUCACAGGCUCGUUGCAGCCGGUUUUGUGACGCGCCUCUAAAACUAAAACUCCACAAUGACCAAAACUUGCCACAAAUCUUUUUUUUUAAUUCCUCCCCACUUGUCUGCACUUUCACUUUGUUUUAAUUUUGAACACACAUUCCUGCAGCAACACAUGAAUGUCCACUUGGUUCCUUAAUAGAAACACUGUUAGAUUUUAAAUGAGCAGCCUCGACUUCUGAGAGCAUGGAGGGAGCCUUCCCAGAAGCGUGGCUUGAGGGUUGUGAUGCAUGCAUGUUGUGUGUUUGCCGUCUGUGUGAUUUAAAUCUGGUUGGCUUGUGUGUGUGUUAACUGCAUGUCCAGAGUUGCAGUCUCGUCACGCUCAGUCAUGAUGUGGGUGGGGGUGGGGGGGUCACCUGUGGCGAGCGUCUUCGUGGUUUUCACUCACACAGUCAGGAAGAUUUUAAAGCUACUUAACCUAAAUGUAUUGAAACUCACUGUUGUCUUAAAGUUGUGUGAGAGUGUUGUGGUGUCAGCAUGAGAAGUGUCAUGUGCCAGGGUGCUCACUGUGUUACACAAUAUUUCUGUUUUGUUGUUUUUGGGUGAACCGACUUGGACGAGAUGCUGAACACGUUGAGGCAGCGGUCCGUGUGUGCGUAUUUUAUUCUUUUGAGAAAAGUUUAGAUCCUGUGCCAUCAGAAGCAAAAAAACGCUGGUUUUGGACAGUUGCCUUUUUCCAUUGAAGAAAUGAUCCACUUCUGCUGGAGCGCUUUGAACAAACUGUAGUAUUUAUUGUCGUAUGAAAUUUGGAUUAUGAUCAAUGUGCUGACAGCACCCAGACUUCUCUGUCAGGACUAUCGCCCGACUGAUUAUUGCGUUUUUAAAAUCCCAUCCGGAGGAAAAACAGCCCUGAAGAAACGUCUUGGACGUCGUCCUCUAAAAUCUGAACCCUUUCCGAGUGUGUGGCGUCAGUGAUGGAGCCGUGAUUCUGUAUCUGAGGUUGUUCUUGUGACUGCAUGGUCAAGAGUUUUAAUGUGAAAGGUCAAACAACGUGGGAUCAUAACUGCUUUUGUUUCCUUACUUUUUACGAUUAACAGCUUUCUCACAUUUUUUAUUUCAGUUCAGAGUAUUAUUUCAGCUCAGCGCAGUUUCGCCUACUUUUGCCGCAUGUAGCGUUUUAAUGUUUUUAAUUUCCUCUCAUUUGUUACAGCAACUUUUUUUUUUUUUUUUGAAGAAAAUUUUUAGCAGCCUCUAAUGCAAAAAAAGGUGAAUGUAACCCAGAUAAGCCAUACCACCGUGUGCUUAACAUGUCGUCACUCAGUGUCCUUAUGUUGUCAUAGCCUGUCUGCCUUUUUGUAUCGCAUCACUUCGGGGCCACGUGACGGCGCCUUCGCCACUGAUUUCAAUGAAGAACGUUGUGAAUAUGUUUCUGCUUUUUACGUUAUGUCGUUGAUAUUUCAUUAAAUUAUUUUUU